AAGGGUGCAAAAAUAAAUGAAAAAGCCCUAAAUAGAAUAGGGCAAAAGGGAUAAAAUAGGAUAAGGAAGCGGAGGAGGGUGAAGUCCAGUCUGAAGAGAAAUGGAGAAGUACUUCGGAAACGCAUAUCGGGGCGACCCGGGAGUUCCUCACGCUGAUCCGGAUAGGUUCGUCAACAUAUGGAUCGGCUCUGCCGCCUUCUCCGCCCUUGCCUGGGUUAAUCCUUACAUGUGGACUCUCUCCAACCAAUUCAAUUGGCACGACAGGGCAAUGCUUUUUGAACAAUAUCACUGGAAGAAAGCACGUGCCAAGAAUCAACCAUAUAAAUUCCAGGUACUUCCAUCUCAAGUUUCGGACGUAAACAAAGCUGCUGCAUUUGGCUUCUGCAGUUCUUUGGUUUCUUACAUAUCAUUUUGAUAUUUUUUCAACAGUGGAAUCAAAUGGACAAAGAAGUGCGAGACUCGUACUACUUCAACUGGCCUGUCUACUUCCCAUAGUCUUCUUCAGCACCAGAUGCUUCUUCUUCACUGAAGAUGUUACUAUCUUAGAGAAGUAGGCAUAACAAUGUCCAUCCUUUCAAAAUAACACAAGUAUUGUAGCCCGAAUCAUCGUCCUUUUCAAACCAUAUUUUUAUUUACUUUAUGCUAAAUUCAAUCUUUUGCCAUGAAUACAAGCUGGAUUCUGUA